GGCAAUCUGUUCCGAGGCUACUGCGUUCUCUCCACAAGUCCCCGUGACUCGCAACCAUGAGCAGCACCUUAGCCAAGAUCGCGGAGAUUGAAGCCGAGAUGGCUCGGACUCAAAAGAACAAGGCCACAGCACACCACCUAGGGCUGCUUAAGGCUCGCCUUGCUAAGCUUCGUAGAGAGCUCAUUACCCCAAAAGGUGGUGGUGGUGGUGGACCAGGAGAAGGUUUUGAUGUGGCCAAGACAGGUGAUGCUCGAAUUGGGUUUGUGGGUUUUCCAUCAGUGGGGAAGUCAACACUGCUUAGUAACCUGGCAGGGGUAUAUUCUGAGGUGGCAGCCUAUGAGUUCACUACUCUGACCACUGUGCCGGGUGCCAAGAUCCAGCUCCUGGAUCUUCCGGGUAUCAUUGAGGGUGCCAAGGAUGGGAAAGGUAGAGGCCGUCAGGUCAUUGCAGUGGCCCGAACAUGUAACUUGAUCCCGAUUGUUCUGGAUGUCUUGAAACCCUUGGGACAUAAAAAGAUAAUUGAAAAUGAGCUGGAAGGUUUUGGCAUUCGCUUGAACAGCAAACCCCCCAAUAUUGGCUUUAAGAAGAAGGAUAAAGGAGGCAUUAAUCCCACGGCCACUUGCCCUCAGAGUGAGCUGGAUGCUGAAACUGUGAAGAGCAUUCUGGCCGAAUACAAAAUUCACAAUGCUGAUGUGACGCUGCGUAGUGAUGCCACAGCGGAUGACCUCAUCGAUGUGGUGGGAAACAGAGUUUAUAUACCUUGUAUCUACGUGUUGAAUAAGAUAGAUCAGAUUUCCAUUGAGGAAUUGGAUAUCAUCUAUAAGGUGCCUCACUGUGUACCCAUUUCUGCCCAUCAUCGCUGGAAUUUUGAUGACCUAUUGGAAAAGAUCUGGGACUAUCUGAAACUAGUGAGGAUUUACACCAAACCCAAAGGCCAGUUGCCAGAUUAUACAUCUCCAGUGGUGCUGCCUUACUCUAGGACUACAGUGGAAGAUUUUUGCAUGAAGAUUCACAAAAACCUUAUCAAAGAAUUUAAAUACGCUCUGGUCUGGGGUCUCUCUGUGAAACACAAUCCUCAAAAAGUGGGUAAAGAUCAUACGUUGGAGGACGAGGAUGUCAUUCAGAUUGUGAAGAAGUGAAACCUUCCCCUUGCCCAUCUGCUGGGCCAACCAUAGCAGCUAUUCCCAUAACCAAGCUAUUCCCUACCCCAAACCCUUUUGAGCUUUGGCAGCCCAGUGAAUCAGGAUUUAGGGGAGGGAGAUGAAGGCAUCCAAGCUGGAAUUUUACUUGUCUUAACUU